AUGGUUACAAAAAGUGAGAAAAGAAAGAAAACUAAGAUAAAAGCAUAUGACAUAGAUGAAUCAAAAAAAAUAUUUUUAUAUGCAUAUGAACAUCAACUAAAAAAUGAGAAAAUAGAUUGGAAAAAAGCAGAAGAAAUGAAAAUAACUAAGCAUAGUGGAGGUUCUAUGAGGAAUCAUUAUUUGAAUUCUAUAAAGAAUGAAAUAUCUCUAUAUUUAGAAAUGUAUCCUGAAGAGGCAGCUAAAAUUUUUAAUAAGGUUAAAAGAUUAAAAAGGGAGGAAAAGAAAAAAAAAAUUUUCGAUUUUCAGAAUAAUUUAGUAAAGCAAAGAUCUAACAUUUCAUUAAAUAGAUUAACAAAAUGUAAAAGUUCCAACUUUAAUAAACACAAUUCAUUAAAUAUAAGUAAUAUGUUCUCCAUGAAAAAUAGAAAUACGGAUACUAAAUACAAAUCUUUUCAUAACAAAAAUGAUAACAAUGAAAAGAUAAAAAAAAAAAAUUUAAAUAAUAAUAAUAAAAUUAAUGAAUUAAAUUUAAAUAGAAAUUUAUCCAAAAAAAGUAAAUUAAAACGUGUAAGAAUAGUUAAUAAAGAUAUUGUAACAAAAAACAAAAAAAUUAAUAAAAAGAAAAAUAAUAAAUCAUCAAAAAGUAUAAUAAUUAAAAGUGCAUUAGAAAGAUCCAAUAAAAUUGUAAAUAAUUCAUUAAAUAAAGAGAAUAAUGAUAAAAUGAAUAAAAAUGUAAAUGAAAAAACAUUUAAAAAGAAUACUGAAAAAACAAAAGAAAAAAACGCGAAAAUAUAUGAAAAUUAUGAAAAAAAAUUAAAUGAAAAAAAUAGCAAAACAACAAAUGAAGACUUCAUUGAAAAUAAAAAAAAUAGAAAAUUUAUAAAAGAUGAAAAUGAAAUUCAAAUAAAACUUGAAAAAAUUGACUCUAAUGAAAAAAUAAAUAAAGAAUUAAAUGAAUUAAAAAUGUUAAAUAAAAAUUUAAUUGAAAGAAAUCAAAAUAUAUCAAAAGGUGAUAACAAUUCAGAUAAAUUAAAUUUAGAGUCAAAGUUAACAAAAAAAAGUAAUGAAAAGAAAAUUUCUCUUCAAAAUAAAAUUAUUAAUAAAAAUUCUACAUUGAAUGAUAAUAUUAAUGAAUUAAAUGAUUUAAAUAACUCUAUUGAAUCACCUGAAUCUAAUAUAUCAAACAAUAAUGGUGAAAAUAAAAAAAAUACUAUAACAUCAAUUUUAGGAUAUAUAUAUAAAAAAAUAUUCCAUUAA